CGAGCCAUUAUUUUGUCCUCAAGCGACUGAACGGGCAGGACGCGUCGUGAAAUGAAUUAAAAAUAUCAAACUCAGAAGGGAUAUUAUUCUCUUUGUCCACUACCGCGGACACAAAUGGAGUGUAUCGGUCAGUAACUCGGUAGUAGCUGGGCUGUUGGCUCCUCCGCUGGACUUGGAGGCCGAAGACGGAGUGACAGCCCCGUUAAAAGAAGCAGCAGCCUGGGUGUUUAUCUUGUUGGCUAGCCACCUAGCUAGCUAGCUUCAUAAACAGCGACGAGGGCAGGAAGAAUACUUAGCGGACAUAUCGCUAACCUCUGAAGGAGACAACAGUGUCCUUCCUUGAAGCAUUCUAAGCGAAAGAAGACAUGGCACACCUACGGGACAUGCAGAACCAGAAUACCCGGCUGGAUCCCGAAGAGUACUUCACCAAGCAAGAGCGCAUUGGGAAGGGAUCCUUCGGAGAGGUCUACAAAGGUAUCAACAACCGCACAAAAGAGGUGGUGGCUAUUAAAAUCAUUGACCUGGAGGAGGCGGAGGAUGAGAUCGAAGACAUUCAGCAGGAGAUCACAGUGCUGAGUCAGUGUGACAGUCCGUUUGUGACCAAAUAUUAUGGCUCAUACCUGAAGGGGACCAAACUUUGGAUUAUCAUGGAAUAUUUAGGUGGAGGAUCUGCUUUGGAUCUGCUGCGUCCAGGGCCUCUUGAAGAGACGUACAUUGCCACCAUAUUGCGGGAGAUCCUUAAGGGCUUGGAGUAUUUGCACUCUGAAAGGAAGAUUCACAGAGAUAUUAAAGCUGCCAACGUGCUCUUGUCAGAGCAGGGCGAUGUGAAGCUGGCAGAUUUUGGGGUGGCUGGACAGUUGACAGACACUCAGAUUAAGAGGAACACAUUUGUGGGCACGCCCUUUUGGAUGGCGCCGGAAGUCAUCAAACAGUCGGCCUACGACUUCAAGGCUGAUAUUUGGUCGCUCGGCAUCACAGCCAUUGAGCUGGCGAAAGGCGAACCUCCCAACUCUGACUUACACCCCAUGAGGGUCCUCUUCCUCAUCCCCAAAAACACUCCACCCACGUUGGACGGACCUUACAGCAAGCCUUUCAAAGAGUUUGUGGAGGCAUGUCUAAAUAAAGACCCCCGUUUUAGGCCAACAGCCAAAGAGCUGCUCAAGCACAAGUUCAUCACGCGUUACACCAAGAAGACGGCCUAUCUGACGGAGCUCAUCGACCGGUACCGCCGCUGGAAGUCUGAGGGUCACGGGGAAGAGUCCAGUUCUGAUGACUCUGAUAUGGAUGGCGAUGGUGAUGUGGAUUCGUGCCCCAUGUGGACAUUCCCCACCGUCAGACCAAGCUCCAUGAAUAAGUUACAGAAGGGCUACACACACACCGACUCAGAGUCGGGGGAUUCAGUGAAAAGGCAACCCAAGUCACAGUGCCUGUCCGCCUUGGUCACACCCAUCUUCAGAGAAUUGAAGGAGAAGCGGCGAGCGAGCGGCGGCGGAGUUGGGGCCAUUGAGGAACUCGAGAACGCCUUCAACCUCGCAGAAGAAUCCUGUCCCGGCAUCUCUGACCGCCUUGUCACACACAUGAUGGAGAGAGUGUGCAGGUUUUCUUUAAACGGUAACACCACGCCAUCUUCGCGAUGAAACCCCACCCCCUUUUGUCUUCUAAACCUGUCCAAGAAAUCAGACAAGGACCUCAGCACCCCCAGGACUCCCUUCUGCUUUUAAAACCUCCCCCAGAUCUUUUAUGUAGUUAAAUAUUUUUACAGUUUUUUCUUUCAGAGCGGAGAGUAUUUAAGACAAAAAAGCCAUGAAAGUUAGCACGUUGUGUAUACCUGUUAGCCUGAAAAGGGUAUAAUAAAUUUAAUGGGAAAAAG